AUGAAGGGGGGAAUGAAAUCCAAAAUCAAAGCAGAUAAAAUUAAACCACUUGCAACACCAAAACCUCCAACGACAGUACCUCCUCCUCCUUCAGUUAAUCCUUCAUCAUUCACUUUAUUAUAUCCAUUUCAAACAUUAAAGAAGCAAAAAGAUUUUAAAAAGGAUUUCAAGAUAUUAAAUAAACCAAUUGACCCGAAAAUUCAACCGUUAAAGGAAAAAUUUAGUCGCCCUUCAUUUGCUCCAUAUCCAUAUUCAUACGAAAUCGAUCAUCUGGAAUAUUCAAAAGGAAACGUUACUUAUUUAUUUGCCAUUAACAUUAACACUAGAUAUUUAUAUUGCAUUCCAGUGAAAGGGAAAACAGAACAGGAAACAAGAAGAGCUAUACAAUACUUACUAGAUCAUGAAAGAGUAGAUAAUAUCAGGGGUGAUGGUGAUAAAGGAUUUCAGGCAGCUAUGGCUCAUUAUUUCCCACAAAUUAAUUUUUUCUUUUCAUCCUCUCCAUAUACGUUUCAUAAUAAAAUAGUUGAUGCGGUAAUGAGAACUCUUAGAGAUGCGUUAGGGGUUAACGGUCAGAUAUACUGGGAUGGAAAUCAUGACUCCAUCAUACAACAGUUAGUAUAUUAUUACAAUAAUACAUGGCAUAGAACUAUAAACAUGAAACCAGUGGAAAUGAAAAAUGAUAUUUCAAAAGAAUGGGAAUAUAUUAGAAAGCAAAUGGAAAGGUUGAAUGAUGUUAAACGUGAACAAAUUAAUUCGGGGCUCAUGAAUUUUAAACAAGGGGAUAAAGUUUUGAUUCAUCUCGAUUAUGGAAAAACUGAUAAAUCAAUGACAAAAAGAAGACGAAGAUUUGACACAAUAGCUGAAUUUGUUAGAUAUAUUAACGGCAAUGCAUUAGUUGAAGUUGACAAUAAAUUAAUAGAAAUUCCGAUUUAUUUUAUUACUCCAUUAUAUUUAAAUAA